ACUUGGGAGAAAUAAAAAGUCCAUGGUCCCAAGAUCACUGUUUUUGGAAGAGGAAACAUCAGAACCCCAUUGUCAAAGCCAUUUAUCGUCUCAGGUGGGGCCACCGCUGAUGUUCUUAGGGAGGUUUGUGACAGAUUCAGCAGAGCUGUUCACAAAAGCAGUGAUUCCCAGGCUGUCUUGACAAUGUACCCUGUUUCCUGACACACUUACGAGUGAAGGUGAACUCUCCUUUUUACAAGAAGAAAAUUUUGGUGGAGACCUAUCUGACACGGAAGGGACGUGUGGCUAUCAAGAUAGACAAGAAGAAGGGAGGCAAAUUCCAGCCUUUUAAGAAGUUGUUUGGCAAAAGGAAAAAGAAAGACACUUCGUUGUCCCGGGAGGCAUCAGUGGGGAAGAAGAGUCACUCUCCCCAGAGUGUCAGCAAUGGGACCUUCUCUUCGGAUGAGGAGACCCUGGAGGACAAUCUAAGGUCCUUCAACUAUUCUAUGGGAACCCGGGCAUUUUCCCAUGACAGUAUUUUUAUCCCUGAUGGGGGAGCGGAAAGUGAGCAGACAGUUCAAGCAAUGUCACAGGACAACAUCCUGGGCAAAGUCAAAACUCUUCAGCGACAGCUGGGCAAGAACAUCAAGUAUGGGCAGCCACCACCCAGUGCCAUUCCCAUAAAGAAGGCAGACAGUGGGGAGGCUAGCUUAGAAGAGGAUCUGUUCCUGACCAGUCCCAUGGAAAUCGUGACUCAGCAGGACGUCGUCCUCUCAGAUGCUGAGAACAAAUCCAGUGAUACGCCAAGCUCUCUGAGUCCUCUGAAUCCACCUGGAGCCCGAAGUGAGAUGGAAGAGAAGGUUGUUCCAGUUAAACCGUCUCGGCCAAAAAGGCACUUCUCUUCUGCUGGCACCAUCGAGAGUGUCAACCUGGAUGCCAUCCCCCUGGCCAUUGCUCGCCUGGACAACAGUGCGGCCAAGCACAAACUGUCCGUUAAGCCAAAAAACCAGAGGGUGUCAAAGAAGCACAGGCGACUUGCCAGGGAUCGACCAAAUGAGCAAGGUGGCCUUCUGCACCAGCUGUCCCUGGACCAGAACGGACACCCUGCAGAAGACAAGCCAGUUUGGCAUGAAGAGGAGCCAGAGCCGCUGGAACCUGAAGAAGAGAAGAGACGCCAAGAAGAAUACUGGCGAGAACUUGAGGCCAAGUGCAAACGGCAAAAGGCUGAAGCAGCCGAGAGGAGACGCCUGGAGGAGCAGAGACUCCAGGCCCUGGAGAGGAGGCUUUGGGAGGAGAACAGAAGGCAGGAGCUCUUGGAGGAGGAAGGAGAGGAAGAGGAGGGAGAGGAGCAAGAACUACAGCUAGCAGCAGAGGAGAGGCAGAGACUGGAACAGCAAGGUUGCCAAGGCCAAGAGCAGAGGGAGCAAGAGGAAAGGAGGCACCUGGAGGCCCAGGAGCAGGAGCAGCUGGAGGAGGAGGCCCAGCGACCCGAGAGACUCGCACAGCAGGGGGAGCUGGAGGCACAGGGCAGGCAGGAGGCCGAGGAGCAGCGGCAGGAAGAAGAGGAAAGAGAGUUGAAGGAGCUCAGAAGACUGGAGGAGCUGGAGGAGCAGGGACCACGGGAGGCCGAGGAGCAGCGGCUGGAGGAAGAGGAGAGGAGGCUGGAGGAGCUCAGGCAGCAGGAGGAGCUGGAGGAGCAGAGACGGCGGGAGGAGGAGGAGGCAAAGAGAAGGGAAGAGCUGAGGGAGCAGGAGGAAACGGAGGCACAGAGGCUGCGGGCAGCGGAAAAGGAGCGUGGAGAAGCACUGAGAGUAGAAGCGAGUCAGCUGGAGCUAGCCGACAGAAGGGGCUCGAGGAGCCCACUUCAGACGGACUUUGCAGAGAAACCAGAAGAACAAGAACACCUGAAACCCAAGAAGCAGAGAGAAACCUCUGAGGAACCAAGUAUUUUCGAGAAGCAGAACCGAGAGGCCGAGCCAUCAGGAGAGCGGCGGGGAAAGCAGGGGGAUUUUUAUGGGGAUGAUCGUUGUGUUCCAGAGGAAAAGAGAGAAGAAACUAACAUAGAGCCCCCCCAGAAACAAGAGGUGCAAGUGGAAGAGAGGCUGGCUCCAGCGCAGACGAAGGAAGCUGCGGCUUCAGAAAAGGACAGAGAGGUGGAGGAGCUCAGAUGGCAGGAAGUGGAUGAGAGGCAGACCAUGCCCAGACCCUACACUUUCCAGGUAUCAUCCGGAGGGAAACAAAUUCUCUUCCCCAAAGUCAAUCUGAGCCCAGUGACACCCGUGAAAGACACAGGACUUGCCUCUGCUCCCCAUGAGCCACAGGCCCCCAGAGCCAGCCCAGCCUCCCACGCCCUGCCCUCGUCCCUGAGCAUCCCCCACACCGCCAUUCUUGUCACAGGAGCACAGCUCUGCGGCCCGGCUGUCAACCUGAGCCAGAUCAAGGACACAGCGUGCAAGUCUCUCCUGGGCUUGUCAGAAGAAAAGAAGCACCUGGAUGUCCCUGCCGUAGAGAACCCACCCCGAGCCCCCGUCGACCACCGGUCAGGCAGCGGGAAGGCCAGGCCUCCCCAGGAGUCUCCAAGCAGUGUGGCCGCACUAGCCGAAUGGGCUUCCAUUCGGUCCAGAAUCCUGAAGAACACAGACAGUGACCAGCGCAGCGAGAUAGAUCAGGGGCAGCCUGGUGAUGAGCACACUCCCAGGGGCCGAAGUGAUUCCCGAGGGAAGCUCCAGAAGACCCCGCCACUAAAUGCAAAGUUCUCUAUUAUGCCUGCUUGGCAGAAAUUCUCUGAUGGUGGCACAGAGACCUCCAAACAGAACACAGAAGCAGAAGGCAUUAGAAAAAGACCUGUGCUGGGACCCAGCGAAGAGACAGCACCCCAGCCCCUGGCUGCUGAUCCUAAUGAGCACCGGAAGGGUGCAGAGAAACUGGUGGUGCACCAGGAGCCAAUGGACACCACAGAAGGAUGCAAAUUUGCCAAAGACCUUCCAUCUUUCCUUGUUCCAAGCCUUCCUUACCCUCCACAGAACGCUGUGGCCCAUGCAGAGCCUGGGACCACUUUGGACAGCGAGACUACAAGUGGUAUAGGAAAGCCAGACCCCAUGAUGCCAGGUGGGGAGGAAAAAGCCUCACCUUUUGGAAUAAAGUUGAGAAGGACCAACUACUCCUUGCGCUUCCACUGUGACCAACAGGCCGAACAGAAGAAGAAGAAAAGGCACAGCAGCACAGGGGACACUAUCGAAGGGGGGCCGCCUGCACCAGGGAGCACAAAUGGAGAGAAAGAGACACACGGUGUGGCCCUCAGGCAUGGCUCGUCGCUCCCCCCAGAGAGGAAGCAAGCCCUGUCCACCUGGAAGGACUCUGCUGAAAGCCAUUCCAGCCGCUCCGCUCCGGCAGCCCAGCCCAGGCCCCCACCAGCGAGCAGCCACACUCUGGCUCCAGAGCCGGACAAGGCAGCAAACAGAAUGCCGCUGGCGCAGAAGCCAGCCCUGGCUCCCAAGCCUGCUGGUCAGACCCCGCCGUCCUCCCCACUCUCCAAACUGAGCAGGCCCUACUUGGUAGAGCUGCUGGCUCGCCGGGCGGGGAAGGCCGACCCGGAGCCCAGCGAGCCGAGCAAGGAGGGCCAGGAGAGCGGUGCCCCCCGGCUGCCCUCGACACCGCCCCCUGAGGAAAGGAAGGCACAGAAGCGGGAUGAGGAGGAAGAGGUGGCAACAGAGAGAAAACCAGCUUCCCCGGCUCCCUCUGCCACCCGGCAAGAAAAGCCUUCCCAAACACCCGAGGCUGGGAGGAAAGAAAAGCCGGUGCUUCAGAGCAGGCACUCUUUAGAUGGCUCCAAACUUGUGGAGAAAGUUGAAACCGCACAGCCCCUGUGGAUAACGUUAGCACUGCAGAAGCAGAGGGGAUUUCGGGAGCAGCAAGCGACUCGAGAGGAGAGAAAGCAUGCCAGGGAGGCCAAACAGGCAGAAAAGCUCUCCAAAGAGAACGUUGGUGUCGGCUCACAGCCUGGCAGCAGCAGUGUCAGCAGAGCUGGUACCCUGCACAAGUCCACCGCUCAGCCAGAAGAGAAGAAGCCAGAGACCGCAGUGUCCAGACUGGAGCGCAGAGAACAGCUGAAAAAGGCCAACACUCUUCCUACAUCUGUGACAGUGGAGAUCUCUGAUUCGGCUCCCCCGGCGCCGCUGGUGAAAGAAGUCACAAAGAGGUUCUCUACCCCAGACGCUGCCCCCGUGUCAACAGAGCCAGCCUGGCUGGCUUUAGCCAAACGGAAAGCCAAGGCCUGGAGCGACUGUCCUCAGAUUAUUAAGUAAAGAGUGACUCUUAUCUAUUUCUAUUGCCAGUUAUUGGCUCCUCUCUUGCCCUUUUUAUUUAUUUUUUAUAUGAGGUAAAGAAACCAAGCUAGGGAAAUGAAGCAUGUUUUAUAGGCUCUAAAAUAAUGCUUAAAACUGAACUGGUGGUGUUCCCUGUAAAGAGUGUAUUUGCACAACCUUAGGUCCUGGUGCCUUGAGCUCCUCCUAGUUCUAAAGAGAAAAUUUCGUUCAAGGGACCACAUGAAGCAAAAUCUCCAAACUAAGAAUUCACAAGAGCCUGCUAUGCCCAGUCCACCGCCCUUCUACACAUGUACAUCCACACACCAUUCAGAACAUGUACUUUUGCCAAUCUCUGUAAUGGUUUCUUGAUUCUCUACUCCAAUUUCUUUUAUCCACAACAUUUACCCUACCAUAUGUUUGGGGAUUUCUACCCUUUUCUACAGUACUGGUGAAAGGAUCAUAUAUAGAUAGAAACAAGAAUGCCCAUUCUCCUGAAUGCAGCGAGUAACUGAGAAUCCUAAGUAACAGUCUGGCUCCCAACUCUGUGCCCAUGUCUGGUUUUCAUGAAUUUUCCCCAACCUGAAACUGUAACACUUCUACCACAGUGUUAGUACACAGGCCUGGUUACACCAGUACUCUCCUUGAGGACAUGGUAAAUUUGGCCCAGUUAGCUCCUAGAGAACAUUUUUAUUUAAUAUGAUGAAGAAAGGAAGCUACAAAUUCUCUUUCCGUCUCUGAGAAUCCCCAUCUAGUGCAGUGGUUUUUAAGAUGUCCAGGCUCCAUCCCAGGCCUACUGAAUCAGAUCCUGUGAGGGUGGGGCUGAGAAUGUAUAUUCUGGCAAAAACUCUUUAGAUGAAUUCUGAUAUAUCCCAAAGAUUGAGAACCUUGGGAUACACUGCCUCUAAUGUAAUCUAGUUUUUAAAACUCUGAAGGGGAGGCUCAUUUCACCCAAAGAAGCAAAAGUGAGACAGGAAAAAUAACAAAAGAAUCCCCAAACCAGCCAUUUAUUACAAGAUACGAGAGGCUAUUGACAUUACAUGUCUCUGAAAAUUCCCUUAGGUCUUUAGGGAUAGUUAACAGGAAGCCAAGAUUUGGAGCCUUUGUACUAAGAACUUCCUGUGGGAUGUUUCUUUACCAUAAUCAAGUAAUUCAUAUUUAGAGUCAAAUGUUCAGUAGCAUUUAUAUUUUAGAGCAUUCACCUUGCUAGCUUUAAAAAACAUCUCCGAGUUUUAAGUGGCCUUGUUGUUAUACACAUGAGAUACAAAGAAGGGACUUGGCAAUUUAAAGCUACAUAUGUCCACUUUUAUUUCCCUAAAUUUGCUUUACAUGCCAGUAAACCCACACAUUGCUGUUACUAACUUUAUAUUUCAUGGUGUUGGCAUAUAUUCUCCUUUUCUUAGAUUCUGACUCCAAAAUAUAAGUAGAAAUCCUUUGCCCAGUGCAGGGGGACUGACUUACAUCUUUUUUUCCUCUCCUACAAAAACACAUUUUAUUAGAAUUGAUCAUUUUCCUUUAUG